CGCAAUUCCCAUUACAUAAAAGAGUACGGGCGUCUGCCUCCCUUGCGCGCGCAAUCCGCCGUCCUCUUCCUGUUAUCUUGCUCCCCCCAAGAAAUCGCCAGCGCUCACAGGACGAUUUGCAGGCGCCUUAUCUUGCAACCGGUGUACAUAGCAUUUCCCUUACGUUUGCUCACUGUCGCAGUCGCCCAGGCCUACCACAUCGCACUGAUAGGCGCCCUAAACGCGCCCCAGGACAGCCAAAACACCGUCAGCCGCCCGCUGCACCCCCGUGGACCCCCAAUCCUGGACGUAUCGCUGCCUUCUUGCGCCCGCAACGCCCGCAAAGCAAAAACCCAACGGGCGCACACCUCUCCAAACUCGACAUUUGCGCCCGUCGUCGACUCGACGUUCCACCUCUCCCACGUCACCGUCCCGUUUUGAGCCUCUGGGGCGUUUGCCGCACGGCGGCAUCGUCUCUAAGCCCCGGUCUGGGGAAGGCAUGGCCGACAAGAUGUCCAUCGAUAAGGCGGAUCCGACGCAGAACCACAACCAUAACCAUAACCACAACCUCAACCACAACUCAUCCCUUAACGGCCACCGGUCCCGCGACGUGACCGACUCUCCCACCGGCUCCAGUCCGGACAGGGACCACAACCUCAAUAACAACUCCAAUGCCAUCUCCCAAGAGGCUCAACAGCCCAAGCGGAAGGGUGGCCGCAAGCCCAUCUACGCCACGUCCGAGGAACGCAAACAACGGAACAGGCAGGCCCAGGCCGCCUUCCGAGAGCGUCGUACCGAAUACAUAAAGCAACUCGAAGAGACCAUCCGUGUCCAUGAGUCCAACCUCCACAACCUCCAGUCGGCUCACCGCACCGCCGCCGAUGAGUGUUUGAUGCUCCGAUACAAGAACUCUCUCCUGGAACGUAUCCUACUCGAGAAAGGCAUCGAUGUCCAAGCCGAGCUUCGAGCCAAGACUGGCAGCCCCAACCUGGGCCCGACUCAUAUGCCUCAGAACCUGGUCCAACCGCCUCCGAUUCAGCGAGCCAUUAUGAACCGACACCACCAGUCUCGUCGAUCUAACUCGCACAUCGCUCCCAAGGCCGAGCCAGGUUCCAGUCUGCCGCCUCCCCUGCAGCCGCACUCAUCCGCGACGUCGCCGAAGAAUCGACCAACCCCGUCCUCCCACUCCAACUCGCCAAGCAACACGGGUUCUGCCUUCUCUCCAGCAGCUUCCGAUAGCAUUUCUAUGCGCGGCUCGAUGACCAGCGCGUCAAGGCAACAAAUGCCUCAGCAGCAACUACCACAAGGCUCGCAAGCCAACCGACACUCCAUGAUGCAACCUGGAGUGCGAGGAGGUCCAGUCGGGUCGGGAGCCUCGUAUUACCCCACUCCGGCUUUCCAAAAUCACAUUGAGCAACUUGAGCAAGAAUAUGACGCCCAGGCCGACAUGAUCGACGAUUCCGAAAUCGAAACCCCAGGCGGCCCUGGACCGUAUCCUUCCGGCUUCAACAGUGAUCCGCAACAGCCCAUGAUGUUGUCCCCGGCAUCCAACGGCCCCGGGCACCAAAUGACACCAUCCCACGAACCGGUUCACCAUCCCCAGACAUCACACUCGUCACAGUACCCAUCGAUGACGCAAUUGUUGGAUCAGAACUUAGAUUGGGACCCUUUCGGCUUGAGCGCUAGCAUGGCAUUCCCUUCGCAGCAGUUUCAAUUUGACCAGGCCAACAUGCGGUGAACAGGAGUUCUGCCGAAUAUGAUCCCUGAAAGGAUUACUACGGGCCCUAUAUCUGGUACAGGUAUCUAUAGGACUUGAUUCCCUGGG